AUGGCGGAAGCCAUACUCAGCCAGAUUUCGGGCGACUUUCUGGAGUGUACGGUCUGCCUGGAGCCCUUUAAGGAUCCCAAGGUCCUGCCGUGUCUUCACACCUUCUGUAAGGGCUGUCUGGAGAAGUUUGUAGGGAAACAAGGUGAACUGAUGAAGGACAAGUUUCAGUGUCCAACAUGUCGGACCGAAACUGUACUUCCAGAUGGUGGUAUCGCCGGGCUCAAAAACAACUUUUUCGUCCUGAGCUUGAGGGACACCGUUGAAACACACAAGAGUGUGGCUAAUGUAGAGGAUGACAAAGUUCCUUGCGAUGUCUGUGAAGAAGACGUGGCUAGCUGUGGUUGUGUUUUGUGUGAAGAGUUUUUGUGUGACGAAUGCGUUCGUGCCCACCGCCGUGCCAAACGUACACGCGAUCAUGAAGCCAUCGGCGUGGCUGAACUUGAAGAACAUCUGAUCACCAAGACGUCAUCAGUCAAGCCAACAUCACUGCCGAUUUGCACAAAACACGAAGAUGAGAGGCUGAAGUUCUUCUGUGAGACGUGCCAGCACCCCGUCUGCCGAGAUUGCACAGUACUGCAGCACAAGGACCACAAGUACGGUUUGCUGACAGACGUCGUGAGUGGCGUCAGGGCAAAGAUCAAAGACAAACUCGAGACCGCCAUGCCGAAAUUUCAGGAAUACCGAGAUAUCGCAGGUGUCGUAACUGAGAAGCAAACAGAGCUGAACACCAGAAGCAAGAAAGCUGCAGACGACAUCGAUGCAGCUGCGGAGGAAGAGAUCAAGUAUUAAAGUGGCCUGGUCAGACGCAAG